AUGCAAUUGUCGGCUCACAAGCCCUCUGGCUUCCCCGCACCGUUCGGGGUCCGAGCUCACUCCACCCAGAGGGCCAAGGCCCUCACUCUCUACGCAGGGUCUGGUCAGUGUGGAGACCUGCCGAUGACAUCACGUCCCAGCACCUAUUGGGACCCGAGUUGGCGCAGCGAGGCGAGUAGCAGCGAUCACGAGCACACAGCCAGUGAAGCCACACACCAUGGAGGUUCUAAGCACCAUGACCUUGAGGAUUUAGAAAAUAAAGCAGAUGAACCCAUCUCUCAUGGGUCCUGCGCUCCAUUGUCCCCCAGUCAGGGAGCUCUGCCGCUGAAGGUGAUGCCUGCUCCUCCGCCAAAGGAGAACGCCUGGGCAAGAAGAAGCACAGGGGGCGGAGCUAACACCACAACUUUAACUGCAACCAGCAGUGGCGAUGUAGCUCACAAGGGGAGCAGCUCCUCAAGUUCAGACGAGCAUGUGUCUGAUGAGAAUUGGUUGGACGUGUAGGACGGGAGAAAGGCGUGUCUCACGGACAAGGGGCGGGGCAGAAGACAAGAUUCAACAGACAAGAAGGAGAGCAGGCGAGAGCCCAGACCUGCACCAGAGCCAAAGAAGUUUGAGGAUACUGUAGCUCCGAAAGUCUGCAACAGGAGCUUUGUUACAGCUGGAAAUUCCUGGAAAAUACGGUCACGGGGAGCCUGUGCCUAUCUCAGGCAUCAUCGGGCAUCGAGGCAGGAUACACCCUGGACGGAGUGCCAACCCAUCACAGGGCACAC